AUGUCCGCCACUGACAAAGACAACAUCAGCAACCCCAAGGAGGACGAUAUCAGCGCUCUCCUCGACGACGAUAUCGAUGAGAACGACCACGACAACAACGACACUAUCCACCUCGAUGCACCUGCAUCCGAUAAGAGACCUGGUUCACCCCAGGCCACAAAGAAAGACAGCCCCAAGGUCAAGGAUACCACCAUCAAGGAUGAAGACGACGAGGAUGAAGACGACGAGGACGAAGAUAUCAACAUCCACUCUUCCUCCACUGCUGCUGCUGCUGCCACUGUCGUCCCUGUGGCUCCUCUCGUAACCUCUGCUGCCCCUGCCUCCCCUCCUCCUGCUCUUGCUCCUGCUCAGGUUCCUGCUGAGCCUGCCACCAACCCUGCUCAGUCUGAAAGAGAGGCCAGAUUGGCCAUCCUGACUGAGGCCUUUCCCACGGUCGAGAAGGAGGUCUGCGAGUUUGUCCUCGAGAGUCAUCGUGGAGACGUCGAGGCCAGUAUCAAUGCCUUGCUCGAGAUCUCUGACCCCGAAUUCCAUGCCGAUCCUGUGCCUGCACCACAGCCUAUUCGCGCCCCUGCUCCUGCUCCAGCCCGCGUUCCUUCUUCGGAUGCGCCUGCGCUGCCCCGUCGUCAGUCCAACGACUUGGUCAGUCCAAUGGACAACUUGAACCUUGGAGGUCAGAACCAACAAACUCAGCGCAAUAUUGAUCCCAUUCUCUUGGCAUCGACAUCGACCUCUGAACAACAGUUGCGCGCUGAUGAGGACUUUGCUCGCACCUUGGCUGCCAUGGAUGAAUACAGAGCCCGUGAUAGACAGAAUGUUAGUGGACAACAGAACCAGCAGCAGCAGCAGGAGCAGGAGGGACCUGGCUUUGUUGCCGAAAUGAAAGAACUCAUGGAUGAGGAAUUGCCCAAGAUCAAGGAGCGAUUCAAUGUGGCUGCUGAUACCACCAAGAAGAAGGUGAACGAGUGGUACACCCAGUUUAAGGCCAACAGGGCUGAGGCUACGGCAAGACAGCAGGCGCAACAGCAGCAACAACAACAAGGCGCCUACAGGAACGGAGGCUCCAGCCAAGGCGGCUACUAUGACGAUUACAGUGAUCGCCCCGAUGAACCCAUCCGGUUUGGAUCGCGCGCAGACGAGGACGAGCCUCUUUCCCGGAACAACAGGACAACCCCUCCUCUGGAUGGACCUACUCCACCUCUCCCCAACAGACCCUAUAACACGACUCCGACCGAGAGCAAUAAUAACCGCGCAACAACAGUCGAGGAUGAACUGCAAUAUGCAAUCAAUUCCAACCCUGGUUCUGGUCUCAACCCAGUGACCAGGAGAUAA